AUGACCAACAUGGUUCACAACGUCCUCAUCACUGGUGGCUCUGGAUACCUCGGUGGGUCCUUGCUCGCUUCGUGGGCCCAGUCCAAUCUCUCAGGCUACCAGUCUUUGUAUGCCUUGGUCCGCUCAGAUGCCCAGGCCGAUGCAGUGAAGACCCUAUAUGACGCAGAACCAGUCCGCUGCGACUUACAAGAGAAGAGCAUUAGGGCUUCAAUCCUGGAGAAGCGCAUUUCUGUUGUGAUUUAUCUGAUUGACUCAUAUUACCCCAACGGCCAACUUGCGUUCAUCAAGGCUCUUGGGGAGCUUAAGAAAACUACUGGGCAGGAAGUACACUUUGUUUUCACGUCUGGAACCAAACAAUUUUCCGACAUGGCCGGGGCCCCUACAGAUGGCCUUCUGUAUGACAACGAUCCAAAUCUUUAUGAGAUCCACAAGAGUCAGAAAGCCGCUCACGAGGAGCUGCAGCACUCUGUCCAAACCACCAUCACUGUGGUUGAAGCCGGAGAAGAGCAUAACGUGAGAAUUUACGUGUUCUCUCCAUGCAUUGUCUACGGCAAAGGACUUGGCUUUGGAAACCUCAUUUCCAUCCAGACGGUUGAUAUCGUGAUUGCUGCAAAGGCAGCAGGCGGUGUGUACAGAAUCGGGCGAGAGGGGAAGAAGACAUGGCCUGUAUGCCAUAUAAGUGACUGCACCGCCUUGUUCAUUUCGCUCAUCAAGGCUAUCCUCAAUGACUCCAACCCUGAUCACGGGAAGCACGGUUUCUACUUGGCAUCCUCAGGAUCGGCGCGCUGGGACGAUAUAUAUUCUGCGACGAACAAAGCUCUGGUGAAGCGGGGGAUCAUCGAAGAUGCUUCGGUGAAAAUGGUCACAGACGAGGCAUUGCAGAAAAUGGCUAAGGCAUUGAAUGUUGAAACGUCUUCGGUCGUGGUCAAGGUUGGUGGACAAUCAAAUUACACCGCCGCUCACGGAAAGGAUUUGGGAUGGUGGCCUCGCUAUCCACCUACUCACAUCCUUGAAGCCCUUGAUGACGAGGUCGGCUUGAUUCUUGAAAGCCUGUCGCCCAAGCACCAGGGCAUCAGGUAA